AAGACAGGAGUGUUGAGUGAGCGCUCUGGAGUGGCACAUGGACGCAGCCUGGACAGCAAUCAAUGCUCUUUUGCAGCGUGGAGGAAUAAUGACAUGACAUGAGAUGAGAUGACAUGAGAUGAGAUGACAUAACUUCAGCUGGUUGUUUGUUUUCCUCCCCUGUAUGUAUUUUAACUCUUUCUCUGACACCCGCACUGACUGUUUUUACUCCCCGGGAGAAGGCAGCGGCGCUGCUGCUGUGCUCGAGUGACAUCUGGAACAUCAGGGCAGACUGGAAUCAGGUGACAUGGAUGAGCUGAUCAGGUGUUGCGAGCACCUCGGUCGAAGGCGAGAGUAAGUGAGAGACGGAGAUAUGGCAGCCUCAAGUAACUCCAGUCUGUCCGGUUCCUCCGUGUCCUCCGAUCCUGAGGACUACCAGCCACCAAUAUGGAAAUCCUACUUGUACCAGCUACAGCAGGAAGCGCCCAGACCAAAGAGAAUAACAUGUCCACAGGAGAUCAGGAGCAGGCCCAAGUACUAUGGCCGAGAGUUCCAUGGGCUGAUCUCUAGAGAGCAGGCAGAUGAGCUUCUGGGUGGAGCUGAGGGGGCUUACCUCAUCAGAGAGAGUCAACGGCAGCCUGGAACGUUUACACUUGCAUUAAGGUUUGGAGGCCAGACUCUAAACUACAGGCUCUUCUACGAUGGCAAACACUUUGUGGGAGAGAAGCGGUUUGAGUCGGUGCACGACCUGGUCACAGACGGCCUCAUAACUCUCUACAUCGAGACCAAAGCAGCCGAGUACAUUGCCAAGAUGACCACCAACCCGAUCUACCAGCACGUGGGCUAUACGGCAUUAUUGAGAGACAAGAUGAGCCAGCGCCUGAGCCGAGCUCGAUCCGAGCCCAAGAAAGUCACCUUCCAACAAGAUGACAAGAUCUCCAACUCUCCACUGGGCAGACGCAGCGCUCUGAAGGACGGCUCCGAGAAGCAGUACAACUAUGAGAAGGUCCAUAAUUUUAAGGUACACACGUUCAGAGGCCCACACUGGUGUGAAUACUGUGCCAACUUCAUGUGGGGUCUCAUUGCCCAGGGUGUACGCUGCUCAGAUUGUGGACUGAACGUGCAUAAGCAAUGCUCAAAACUGGUGCCUAGUGACUGCCAGCCUGACCUGCGACGCAUCAAGAAAGUUUUUAGCUGUGACCUCACCACGCUGGUUAAAGCUCAUAAUACACCACGGCCUAUGGUCCUGGACAUGUGCAUCAGAGAAAUAGAGCACAGAGGACUGAAGUCAGAAGGGCUCUACAGAGUGUCCGGUUUCACAGAACAUAUCGAAGAUGUGAGGCUGGCCUUUGACAGAGACGGUGAGAAGGCAGAUAUCAGUGCUAACGCAUAUCCAGACAUCAACACCAUCACAGGAGCUUUGAAACUCUAUCUGAGGGAUCUGCCCAUCCCUGUCAUCACAUACGACGUCUAUUCCAAAUUCAUACUGGCAGCCAAAAUAAAUGACUCUGACACCAGACUAGAAGCAAUCCAUGAUGGGCUGCUGCAGCUUCCUCCGGCUCACUACGAGACUCUUCGCUACCUGAUGACUCAUCUAAAGAGGGUCACUAUGUAUGAAAAAGACAAUCUCAUGAAUGCUGAGAACCUUGGAAUCGUCUUUGGUCCAACUUUGAUGCAGCCACCAGACCAGAACACACUAGCCACCCUCAACGACAUGAGGCACCAGAAACUGAUCGUGCAGCUGUUGAUUGAGCAUGAAGAUAUCCUCUUUUAAAGCCAUGAACUGUAAAGAUUUUCCUACUAUCAGGAAGUCGAUGGUCGAUAUUCCUUAAAUUUAAAGAUCUUGUUUUGGUAGAAAACACUCUCUGAAUUGGCUUAAAAUGUACAUUUAAUGUAACAUAUAUUCUAAAUCACCAAUAGUAGAUUAUAAGAUCAGUAAGAAAUGGUCACUACUGUAAACCUGAUCUUGAUACUUGAUUGUGGUCACGAUCCUGUAUGAAUUCUCUUAAUACUUUUUAUGCGAAUUCUUAUUUAAUAUGAUCUGAUACAGAGCAAAUCAUGAGAAUGAUGAUGAUAAAAUGUCAAUUGUUGGGUUGUUUUUUGUUUUUUUUGUACAUAUAAGUUGUUUGUAUGGUACAGUAUAAUUGCAAAGGAUACUGUAUUCCCCAGAUGCCAAAUAAUGUAAAUGGGCCCCCGUGGUACAUGACUGAUGAUUCCAUGGUUAGUAUGUUGCACUGAUGAUGAUGUUUUAAUGUUUCACUAUGGGUUACAGAGUUCUUCAUCCUUUGUGAUGUGUGUAUGUACACAUUUUGUAAUGUGUUUUACAAUGACCAGACCCAGUAUGAAGCACUUUUUUUUUCUUUUGCGAAGAUUGUAAAUAUUUUUUGAUCAGUAUUUUUCCUGAAUUUGGUGUUGAUAAUUUUAAGUGUCAUCUCCAUUCAUUUUCCUUUUCUUAAAGUGCCAUUCCACCAUUGGAUGUAUUCUUUGGCAUAAAAUACAAUAUAUUUUGACAACAUAUAUAAAUGGUAUCAC